UUACUUUCGGUUUCAUUUAUUCGUUUGCGACUCUCGAUUUGGUCCAGUUUGAUAUAUUUUUCAGCGUUGGAAAGACUUGGAAAAAAGAAAUCAUGAAAACGGUUUUGUCCGUAGUUGCUUUCUGCGUCGUGUUGGUAACCAUAAACGCAAAAGAAUCUUCCCCCAAAGUGCAGGUGUACAGCCGUAACCCAGGGGAACAUGGGAAAGACAACACCCUGAUCUGUCACGUGAGUGCCUUCCACCCCCCUGACAUCAGCAUCCAGCUCCUGAAGAACGGUGUGGAGAUCCCCGACGCCAAGCAGACAGACCUGGCCUUCGAACAGGGGUGGCAGUUCCACCUCACCAAGAGUGUUGGAUUCACACCAGCCAGCGGAGAGGAGUACACCUGCAGAGUCCGCCACCUGAAGAAUCUGAAGACCUACACCUGGGAAUCAGAUAUGUAAGGCUUCGGUGCUCAUCGCUGCAGAAUACACCAGCCUCCGAGAAUCUCCACUCCGGAUGCUGUGGAUAUUUCUGGGAAUCAUCUUCACAAAAACUCAAAACUCAUCUUCAAAACACUGUCCUGUCAAAACUCAUCUCCACAACACUGUCCUGUCAAAACUCAUCUUCACAACACUGUCCUGUCAAAACUCAUCUUCACAACACUGUCCUGUCAAAACUCAUCUUCACUACACUAUCCUGUCAAAACACUGCAGGUGAAGUCUGUAAUGACUCUCUGCACAUUGUGAUUUAUCAUUGAACUUAAAUUGUAUUUUAUUUGACCAGUGCUUGAUUUGUGUUGUGUUUGAUGUGUGUUAUUAAUGAAGCUCAUAUCUGUGGGACUGUAAAUCUGCACCAGAGGAAAACACUCUAAUUGCAGCUAGGCUUAUAAUGUGUCUACCUAUACAGUAGGACCUGGGCUAUGUAAUGUGUUAACUGUAUAGGUUAUGUGGGCUUUUCUCUUAGCUAUGAUCAGGAAAUAAGUACAAUUGAUCAAUCCAGAUGUGAUUGAUGAGAAAUGUAGAACUUUAAUCUGUUUAAGUGCUUUCUCUUUUGGUUUUUAAAAUCACAUCACCAAAAUAAAUAAAGUCUGACUUGAUUGUCAUUGAACUACCA